CUUUGUCUUUCAUUAUUUGUUUACCUCUUUUAAACAGCAGGACAUUGUUUACAAUAUCAUACCAUAGCUUUCAUUUACCGAGAAGGUAACAGAGGAGAAUCAGAAGAAACAUAAUGAAGAUCUCAAAUGUUUUACUUGUUUGUUGUGUAUUGAUCUUAUCUCUAGAAUGCUGUUCGUCAAGACCACAUGGUACAGACUCGAUUAAUUCUGGUGAAUUUGAUGAAUCAGGAAAUCUUGCAGAAUCAGGAGCUUCUGGGAAGUCUGAUAAAGGCCACGAAAAAAGGCGAAGAAGCUUGUUUAAUUCUGAGGAGACAGAGACACAAGCCGAAUCAGGAGAAUCUGCUGAAUCCGGGGAAUCUGGCGAGUCCGGGGAAUCUGCUGAAUCCGGCGAGUCCGGGGAAUCCGCUGAAUUCGGAGAAUCGGGCGAAUCUGGGGAAUCUACUGAAUCCGAGGAGUCCGGGGAAUCCGGGGAGACCUCAGAAUCCGGGGAAUCUGGUGAGUCCGGGGAAUCUGGUGAGUCCGGGGAGUCAGGCGAGUCCGGGGAAUCUGGCGAGUCCGGGGAAUCAGCUGAAUCUGGAGAAUCCUUAGAAUCUGGUGAAUCUGAGGAGUUUGCCUACGAAUAAAAUAAAAUUUACUCUCGAAAAUCCCUUCAUCUCAACUUACAAUAAUGCUUCCAUUUAAACUAGAAGCACAAUAUUUUUAUCAUUUUAUAAAAGGGUAUUGACAUGUAUUAAUUUUUUCCGCAAUUUUUUUAUACAGGAACGAGUUUGAUAAGUACAUCUUGAUAAACCUCUGUCAUAGGUUCAUGUUCAGCUCUCUAGUUAGACCAUCAUGUUUCAUCUCCGAGAUUAUUGAUUAUGGUCCAUUUUGUGAAUUCAAGUUACUUAAUUUAUGGAAGUUUUACAACGCAUGCUAACUCUGAAAUGGCACGUGCAGAAAUUUACCAGAUAAGCCUGGUAACAAUAAAAACAAACCAACUUUGUUGUUUUUGACGGAGUCUUUGAGUGGAAUUGACGGUAAAAAAAAAUUCUCAGCUCAGAGCAGGGGGCUGGGAAUAGAACAGUAGAAUUAAGAGUAGAUCCAUUUUGUGGUACCCCUCACCCUAGACCUGACCAAAAGGUUCCGAUCUAGUGAAUCUGUCUGAUCAUAACAAGAAAAAUUAGUUUUAAUCGUCCUUGAAAACUGAUGUUAUUAAAACUCGAUGUCUGGCAUCAAAGAUGCGCAUACUUGAAUAAACUUUUU